UGCAUUAGCGGAGACGGCCGGGGUCGGGAAGCUCCCGGGCGGGGAGGCCGAGAGGAGGCGCCGCGCCCGAGGGGCAGGCAGCAUGCCGCUGCGGCUCCAGCCCCGGGGCGCGGGGACAAAGAGCGCCGCCGCGUCCGCCUCGUCCUCGUCCCCGGCGCUGACGGCGGAGGCGGCCGGGGCAGCGCCUUCGCCCCCCGCCUCCUCCGGCCGGCCGUCACCGCCCCCCGCCCCCCGCGACCCCCCGGCCGGGCCGAAGCCGCUGCUGCGCUGGGACGAGGUGCCUGACGACUUCGUGGAGUGCUUCAUCCUGUCGGGCUACCGCCGGCUGCCUUGCACGGCGCAGGAGUGCGUGGCAUCCGUGCUGAAGCCCACCAACGAGACGCUCAACUUCUGGACGCACUUCAUCCCGCUGCUGCUGUUCCUGAACAAGUUCUGCCGCCUCUUCUUCCUGAGCGGCCGCGAUGACCUGCCCUUCCACCACCCGUGGCUGCUGCCGCUCUGGUGCUACGCGUCGGGGGUGCUACUGACCUUCGCCAUGAGCUGCACGGCCCACGUGUUCAGCUGCCUGUCGUUGCGCCUGCGGGCCGCCUUCUUCUACCUGGACUAUGCCUCCAUCAGCUACUACGGCUUCGGCAGCACGGUGGCCUACUACUACUACCUGCUGCCGGGGCUCAGCCUGCUGGACGCCAGCGUCAUGACCCCCUACGUGCAGCAGCGGCUGGGCUGGCACGUGGACUGCUCCGGGCUCAUCGCGGCCUACCGCGCGCUGGUGCUGCCCGUGGCCUUCGUGCUGGCCGUGGCGUGCACCGUGGCGUGCUGCAAGAGCCGUGGCGACUGGUGCGCCUACCCGUUCGCGCUGCGCACCUUCGUGUUCGUCAUGCCGCUCAGCAUGGCCUGCCCCAUCAUGCUGGAGAGCUGGCUCUUCGACCUGCGCGCAGAGAACCCCACGCUCUUCGUGCACUUCUACCGCCGCUACUUCUGGCUCGUGGUGGCCGCCUUCUUCAACGUGAGCAAGCUGCCCGAGCGCAUCCAGCCGGGCCUGUUCGACAUCGUGGGCCACAGCCACCAGCUCUUCCACAUCUUCACCUUCCUCAGCAUCUAUGACCAGAUGCACUACGUGGAGGAGGGGCUGCGCCAGUUCCUCGAGGCUCCCCCCGCCGCGCCCACCCUCCUGGGCACCGUGGGCUAUAUGGUCCUGCUGGUGCUCUGCCUGGCCCUGGUCAUCCGCAGGUUCCUCAGCGUGUCCGACCUCUGCAAGGAGGACUGAGGCGGAGACUGAGGGAGGCCGCCCCCCUGCUGCGUGGCCGCGACCCCCCAGCGCGGGGCGGACGCUGCGAAAGCCCACAGGGUAGGAGG